GCUCUGUAAAGAGAAGAUCUUUUUAAGGUUAUUCCUUUUUCCAUUUCUCCAAGCACAGAAUAAAAUAGUCGAGAUGCAGGGAUGGGAAUUUGCUCCCUAAAGAAAUCUCUGCAAAAUCUGUUGACCUCAUCUCCAUCCAAGCAGCAAAAGGGCUUUAUAAAACAACAGUCCAUGUACUGAGCCCAGAUAUAAUAUUUAGCAGUGCACACAGAGCCUGGUCAGUACAAUAAGCCUGAAGGAUGAACAAGUCUACUGGUUUGGAUCUGGUAUUUUCAUCAUAUGAGUCACUGGGUCCAUGGAAAUAUGUAUUGACUAUUUUUAUUUUCUUAGUUUACUCAGUUGCAACCUUAGCAAAUAUAUUUAUAAUGCUUGUUAUCUACUUAGAAUCAAGUCUCCAUAAGCCAAUGUAUAUAUUUUUGUUUAACCUGAUAUGCAGUGGACUGCUCGGAAGCAGUGCUGUUUGGCCAAAAGUUCUUUCAAAUCUCCUAACUGAUUGGCACACUAGUUCGUAUGAGGGGUGUCUUCUCCAAGUCUAUUUGCUUAGUAUUUAUGCUGUUUGCACUUACUCUACUUUGACAGUAAUGGCCUAUGAUAGGUAUGUAUCAAUUUGUAAGCCUUUACAGUACCAUAUUAUCAUGAAUCCCAGUAAAAUUAGAAUGUGGCUAAUGUUAAGCAACUUGGUUCCUGUUUUCUCAGUAGCUGGUCAAAUAUAUUUGACAUCAAGAAUUCCCUUAUGCAGCCGUACUCUUAAUAAGCUAUUUUGUGAUAAUCUUUCAAUCAUCAACAUAUCAUGUGGUGUGGGUAGUCUUGGCAUUUUAAGCAAUGUAUAUGGUUUACUUAUAAUAGUGUGUUUAUCUGUGCUCCCUACAUUCCUGAUAGUGCUGUCUUAUGUUAAAAUAAUUUCUGUUAGUUUAAAAAUGUCAAAAAAUAGUCAAAGCAAGGCACUUGGAACAUGCCUUCCUCAUUUGAUAAUCUUCAUAAACUAUUCAAUUGCCACAGUUUUUUCUGUUAUAUAUAACAGAUUGACUGUGCUUAUGUCUAGUGAGAUGAAUGUCUUUAUAUCAUUCCAAGUAACACUUUUGCCACCACUUUUGCACCCAGUAAUAUAUGGUGUUCGAACCAAAGAGAUCAGAAAAUGUACUGUUAAAAUAACCCAGAGAUUGUGUGCAUCAACAAACUGUUAUUAUACUUCAAAACUAAAAGGACCUAAAAUAUUGGCAAUUUCAUGAUCUUUGUGAAAUACAUUAUGUGUCUGUGUGUGUGGAAUUCUAUGUAAAGCUAU